AUGCACAACACUCGGGACUUUGCCUUUUUGGAUGAAUUUUUCAAUCGGGGAAGUGGUGGUGGUGGUGUUGGGUGUGACGGGGACGCUGUACAGCUCGACCCUCUUACAGAACCAGAUCGAUCUCGAUCCGAAUCCACUGGGGUUCAGAAUGGUGACAAAUGGGAGCAGUAUGAUUUCCAAAUGAACGUGAUUAUGGAUGGGGCUUCGGCAUAUAUGGAAGCGAUAGGAGCAAUAAUGUGUCCUGAUGAUAUCAGUGGUGGCGUGCAGACAACCUGUGCAGCUAUGGUGAAUGGUAUUUUUCCCUUUACUCAACUCAUUUUUGAAGGCAUUCGCAUGGCUUAUACCGUCUCCGCUCAUUCGCGUGAGCAGCUAAGCGAAGAAACCUGUGAGGAAGCGAUGGCUUCAGUUGAGGAUGUUGCUGCAGUCUAUCUUGCGUGGCUGGCAGGGGAACAAGGAGACGAUGAUAUUGUUGCGGAGUUGUCAACCUUGACCGCCAAGCUCGACGAUCAGCAGAAGCAGAUGGUCGUAUUGCAGACCAUGGUUCAGGAAUUGAUGGUUGCUAUCAAGAAGAACGCCAAGAAGGAAGAUGAUCUGUCACAGGAAUAA